AUGAUUGGCUUCGUCGCCGGCCAGUUCCGGAUCUCGAAGCCCGACACCGGGCAUGCGCAGAAGGCUGGGGCAUAUCGCGACUAUGGUGACGGGUCGCAGUUCCAGAAGAGCACUGGCCUGGCGCGAAAGCGAACGACAGGCACCGCGCUCCCCCGCGAGAACUCCAUCCACCGCGGCAUCAUCGUGUGUACCAAGGAGUAUGGAGCUUUCGUCCAGCUUGGGAAAGGCGAGAAGUACAAGGACGGCUUUCUCCACAUCGGCUGCCUGCCAGCGCCUCCGGGUGUGGAGAGGCUGGAAGUGGUGAACUCCGUCGUCCGGGAGGGCGACAAAGUCUGGGUCAAAGUCCGCGACGUGGAUGAGGACAACGGCAAGUACGCCUUAGACAUGCGGUUCGUCCACCAAGAGGAUGGCAGAGACCUGGAUCCCUUCAACGGCCGCGGCCGCGUGCCCGCCGAUGUGGGUUGGGUCUUCCCCAAGCAGCAGCUGAAGCACAUCCAGGGUGCUGCUGCGGCCAUCACCGCGGCCAAUGGGGGCUUUGGCUCAGACUUCGCAUGGAAGGAUGAGAAUGAGGAGAAGGAGGAGGCGCUAAAGAGGAUGCAGGUCGAAUCCUCGGACGAAAGCGAUUCGGCCGAGAUGACAAAGAAAGCGAAGAAAGUCAAGAAGAAACUCGAGAAGCAGAAGAAGAAGCUGGAGCAGCUCAAGCAGCUGUCCGAGCAGAAGGAGUCCAAAGGCAAGGAGAAGAAAAGCAAGAAGCCGAAGAAGGAGAAGAAGAAAAAGAGCGCCUCCGACGAAAGCUGA